AUGUACCACAUUUCCACGAAGACCACCGCUGAAGAUCUGAAGUUCGAUGUCGCGGCGCCGACUGGCUGGGCUUUCGCUGCGGGAGACACGAUUAUUGGAAAUUUAGUCCGCAGUACCGAGAUCGUUGUCCCAGAAGCAACCGUUAAAAUCGACUUCAUGGGUCGUAUAUGGAGUCAAAUAACAGAAGGCCAUACUGACAAUAAAAAAACCUAUGAAGAUAACAGAGACUUGGUCGACUCUCAAGAGACCGUGCUUUACAAUGGACCACUCCACUUGCCUGCUGGCAGCGAUGAGAGAAUAAACUGGGAAUUCUCCGUCAAGAUUCCUAGUCAGCUCAAAAAGAAUCUUGAGCUUGAUUAUACCACCAUGGGUAGUCUUUUUUCGACAACUAGUUCUGAUCACCCUGAUCCUAGUAUUCUUCCCCCGGCAUUCGAGUCGUCCGGGUCGCCUGGAUAUAAAUCGUCACACACCUCGAUCAAGUAUUGUUUGAAGGCUUCGUUGUGCUAUAGAUCUGGCAAAUCUUCAAAAAUCCAUGAGGUAACAUGGCCUGUCAAAAUCCGGUACUCUUCCCCACAUACCGCAGCUCAGAGUCGGAUUCAGCAGGCUCAAGCAUCUGAAACGAAAGUCCAAAGUCAGCGACUAUUACUUGGGAUGCAAAAUGCACAACUUUCGCUGCAUGAUAAAACACGGAAACUCUUUCGCUCUUCUAAAGUUCCUGAAUUUCAUUUCAAAAUGAGCGCCUCCUGGCCGAUGGCGAUUCGAUUCGAUCAUCCAGAGCCCAUCCCAAUCACUGUAAAAUUCGAGGUUUUGCCAGAGAAAACUAGUACCGACAUCAAGGAUGCUCCGCAGGAAAUUCGGAUCGAUUCUAUCAAAAUAUUACUUUGCUCAAGAACUAUGAUUCGAAUCAAGAGCAGGCUCUCAAGCACUAGCUCCCAUUCCAAUUGUCAUGUUAAGAGCUCGGAUCUUGGUUUGAAUAAAGUGCUUUCGCUACUUGAAAAUCCCAUGACGGUAUCUACUGGGGAGGAGAAUGAGCCUUUGCAUUUAGGUAAUGCGUUUCAUCUCAUUUUGCACGAAUAUGGCAUGACUGCGGGAAAUAAGCGACUAUAUCCAAUGCGUCCAUUAUAUCCUGAUUUUUUAACUCAUGGAAUUUGCCAUACAAAUAGCUUGGAGCUACAGGUUACUGUGAAUAUUGCCGGGGAAAGUGUUACUGCGACGGCUAGCUCACCGGUCAAGAUAUUAUCUGCAGCAUAG